UCUCAGAAUCCAGGAUCUCACAGAGCAUUUUAUGGAAUUCGAUGAGAGGAAUAUUCAGCAUUUGGGCGAAAAAUUCUCCUUUCUGGUCGAGUACCUUUCUGAGUUACACAGAUUGAUUAAAGACGCUAACCAAACCUUCGGAUAUUGUUGUAUCGUCAUAUAUGUACUCGGAACAAUAUGUAUGGCAAUGGGGGCAUACAUUUGUCUAGUAGAUGGUAAUCUCAAAAAUAUUAUAUUUUUAUGUGGUUGUAUCAGUUUACAAUAUACAUGGUGCAGCGUAGGACAAAAUUUGGAAGACAAGCAUCAGGAAUUGAUAUUUUCUAUUGAAGAUCUACCAUGGUAUAACAUGUCCCCGCAAAUGAAGAAAAAUUAUCGACUUUUUCUAUCAAGUGCUCACAUGCCACUUCAAAUCAGAAUAUAUCCAAAUAUAGAUGUUAACAACAAGUAUUUACUUUCUGUUUUUCAAGGAACUUACACCACAAUUACAUUCUUGAUAAAUUCAAUGAACAGAAGUUGAACACAAUAAUACAUAAUUAAAUGAUUUUUUGAAAUUUAUAACACUUCUAUCGUUCGGAAUGUAGUUAUCACAUCACUUAAUGUCUUGAAAUAAAUUGAAUGUUGAAGGACACAUGCCAAUUUUAAUGCCCAUUCAAAAAAUAUCAAGAUAAUGAACAUGUACAAGAUGAAACAAGAAAUAAUGAAAAUACUUUGCCGAAAAAAUUUCUACACAAAGGAAAAAUUUUGGAAUUACCGUUUAACGUUUUGAUUCGUUUUUGUAUGAUUUGUCUGAAUAUGUUGUAAUAAACGAUUGUAUAC